AUGGUGCUCGUCAAAGAUCAAGACGGUGUCACGCGCAAGUAUGCAUGCAUCACCUGUAUCAAGGGACAUCGAUCGUCCAAAUGUGAGCACACGCAUCGUAGCCUUAUCGAGAUCAAAAGGAAAGGAAGGCCGUUGAGUCAGUGCAACACUUGCAGGGAGCUUCGAGUGAAGAAGAAGAUGCAUAUCAAAUGCAGCUGUGGGAAUAAAAGUGGCCAUCGCAGUGCUGAAGCUUCACCAUCACCUACUGCAGUGGACUUUGUUCAUCGUAGCAAGAGCAUGGAUGAUGCUACUACGUCUACUACUACACCUGGCCCUUCCUCUUCCUCCUCCUACACCACCACCGCCAAGAACUCAAGCGAUGACGUGCACCUAAUGGCAAAGAUGAAUGAAGACAGCGCCGAGAAUGAUGCCCUAUCAAAGUACAAAAUCGUAUCCUCCUCAUCUUCACCUAUUCUACCACCCAUUCGGCAUCCUGGUCAACAUCUUUACAAGCGAUCAAUUAUCCCCAUCCAUGAUCCAACCGAUGAUAUUAAUAGCGAUACGCCCAUCUACAAAUCUGAAGAAACCGAUGCACCAGAUCGCCACGCUGUGCUAGGAGAAUUAUGCAAGACCAGCCCAGAUGAUCUGAUGGAAAAGCUCUAUAGCCCUUUCACCACCGCCAAGAACCUGAAACAUCACAGAAACACUGAUCCGGAACAAAGGUAA